UUCCGCCUUCGUGUGAGCAAAGCGCCCGGCGGCGCGGGACCGGCGUACGGACCGAGCCGCCGCCAUGGAGACGCUGUUCCGGCUGCCCUUCGCCGUCCUCGAGUGCCCCAACAUCAAGCUGAAGCGGCCGGGAUGGGUGCACAUGCCCUCGGCCAUGACGGUCUACGCGCUGGUGGUGGUGUCGUACUUCCUCAUCACCGGAGGAAUUAUCUACGAUGUGAUCGUGGAGCCCCCCAGCGUGGGCUCGAUGACGGAUGAACACGGGCACCAGCGGCCGGUGGCUUUCUUGGCAUACAGAGUAAACGGACAGUAUAUUAUGGAAGGGCUUGCAUCUAGCUUCCUGUUCACAAUGGGUGGCCUAGGAUUCAUAAUUUUGGAUCGAUCCAAUGCACCAAAUAUCCCCAAGCUGAAUAGGUUUCUCCUGCUCUUCAUUGGAUUUGUCAGCGUGCUUUUGAGCUUCUUUAUGGCCAGAGUUUUCAUGAGGAUGAAAUUACCGGGCUACUUGAUGGGUUAGUACCUCUUGUGAUGUGUGAAAGCCCGAGGUGCAUUUACUCCUCUUCCUGAAGUGUUAAGAAGCAGCAGCAAGAAACAAAUUCCACAGUCACUGCCGACAGGAAACAGACCUGAACAUGGGAAGCGUCUCAAGAGAGUGCUCUCUGCAACCAGUCUUAAACUACUGAUGGCUGAUUUGUCAUUUUAAAACAGCAGUUACUUAGUUGUGUUGUUCUUGUUUUUUAAUUUCCAACGAAACAGAGAACCUGUCUUUAGCUCUGCCUUGAAAUGAAUAUUGCCCCUUGGUUUUACAGUUUUUUGUUGCAAGGCCUGUCCCUUCUUUCUUGCGUGGGAGAAUUGUGUGAAUUGGACAAGAAACACCUGAAACGUUUUCCCAAGUUAAAGUCUGAAAAUAAACAACUGGAUGCUUUACAGUCCAAACGCAAUGUGUCUGAAAUGAUUUCAAAGGCACCUUUUGCCUUAUUAUUAAUGGCUUCGUAUGAGUAAUUCCAGACGUGCAUGGGAAGAGGCAAACUGUAUGAAUGUGCUUUUGUUUGUAAAAAAAAUGUAUGAAAGAAGCCAAAUAAAACUUAUUUUCUAUGAA